AGAGUGAGCCUGUGUCCAGAAAGUAAGUAAAUAAAUACAUAAAAAUAAACACAGGUUUCUGUCACCUCACCUCAGAAUCAGACAGCUGGAGGUGGGGCUCUGGAAUUGGUAUUUUUAAUGCAUUCUCUAGGAAUUUCUCCUGCAUAGGGAAGUUGGAAACCACUAGCUCCCUUCUCACUGAGCAUCUCCUGAGACCAGCUCCUGAAGUGGAUAGAAAGUUUUUCAAGUGGCAGAUUAAGUUUUAUGCCUUAGGCUGCUAAUAAAAAACAAUUGACCAUGACUUUCCGCUGUGUAAUUGUACCUGUCAUACACCUUUCAGAUGGCAGAGGCUUUGGUUCACCCCUGUACCUCCAGGGCCUAAAACAGUGCCUGGAGGAACUCAAACAUUUGUUGAGUGAAUAUGUGAACUACAUUGCAGUGAGACCAAUCUUUUAAAAGUUUACUUGUCAAAUUAAUCUAUCAGUUAGUAGUCACUGAUUUUAAAUUAGGAGCCAUAAGCACUAUACCCCAGUAACUUCUGUAAGUUUGGUUAGUUUAGAAAGGAGAGAGCCUUUCCCAGACAUAGUGUGCUCAAGGUGAUUAGCCAGAAAGAAGAUUCAGAGCAAAGCAUUUGCUUAGAGAGUCAAAAUGUAAAUUUAAGUUACAAUGUAGUGGUAAAUCAUAUAUCAAAGUUACAUUUGGUAUAUUGUCUUAUAUCAAAAUAUCAUUUUAUAAACUAUAAGUCCAACAUACUGCUAUAAAAAUUGGUUUCUAACAAAUAGAGAAAAUUGUUAUAUUUUCCAGUUUCAACUUUUCAUGCUAAUAAAAUUUGACCUUUACACCUUCUUUUCAGGAGUUCACCACAGGACACCGUAGAUAUUAUGCAGUUAAGAGCGCAAACUCUGGAGAAUAUUGUGUUUGACUACACAGUCAGCGUCGAUUAGCAAGGUAAAAGUAACAGAACCAUGGCUCAGUUUCCAACACCUUUUGGUGGCAGCCUGGAUAUCUGGGCCAUAACUGUAGAGGAAAGAGCGAAGCAUGAUCAGCAGUUCCAUAGUUUAAAGCCAAUAUCUGGAUUCAUUACUGGUGAUCAAGCUAGAAACUUUUUUUUUCAAUCUGGGUUACCUCAACCUGUUUUAGCACAGAUAUGGGCACUAGCUGACAUGAAUAAUGAUGGAAGAAUGGAUCAAGUGGAGUUUUCCAUAGCUAUGAAACUUAUCAAACUGAAGCUACAAGGAUAUCAACUACCCUCUGCACUUCCCCCUGUCAUGAAACAGCAACCAGCUAUUUCUAGCGCACCAGCAUUUGGUAUGGGAGGUAUCGCCAGCAUGCCACCGCUUACAGCUGUUGCUCCAGUGCCAAUGGGAUCCAUUCCAGUUGUUGGAAUGUCUCCACCCCUAGUAUCUUCUGUUCCCACAGCAGCUGUGCCCCCCCUGGCUAACGGGGCUCCCCCUGUUAUACAACCUCUGCCUGCAUUUGCUCAUCCUGCUGCCACAUUGCCAAAGAGUUCUUCCUUUAGUAGAUCUGGUCCAGGGUCACAACUAAACACUAAAUUACAAAAGGCACAGUCAUUUGACGUGGCCAGUGUCCCACCAGUGGCAGAAUGGGCUGUUCCUCAGUCAUCAAGACUGAAAUACAGGCAAUUAUUCAAUAGUCAUGACAAAACUAUGAGUGGACACUUAACAGGUCCCCAAGCAAGAACUAUUCUUAUGCAAUCAAGUUUACCACAGGCUCAGCUGGCUUCAAUAUGGAAUCUUUCUGACAUUGAUCAAGAUGGAAAACUUACAGCAGAAGAAUUUAUCCUGGCAAUGCACCUCAUUGAUGUAGCCAUGUCUGGCCAACCACUGCCACCUGUCCUGCCUCCAGAAUACAUUCCACCUUCCUUUAGAAGAGUUCGAUCUGGCAGUGGUAUAUCUGUCAUAAGCUCAACAUCUGUAGAUCAGAGGCUACCAGAGGAACCAGUUUUAGAAGAUGAACAACAACAAUUAGAAAAGAAAUUACCUGUAACGUUUGAAGAUAAGAAGAGGGAGAACUUUGAACGUGGCAACCUGGAACUGGAGAAACGAAGGCAAGCUCUCCUGGAGCAGCAGCGCAAAGAGCAGGAGCGCCUGGCCCAGCUGGAGCGGGCAGAGCAGGAGAGGAAGGAGCGUGAGCGCCAGGAGCAAGAGCGCAAAAGACAACUGGAACUGGAGAAGCAACUGGAAAAGCAGCGGGAGCUAGAACGGCAGAGAGAGGAGGAAAGGAGGAAGGAAAUUGAGAGGCGAGAGGCUGCAAAACGGGAACUUGAAAGGCAACGACAACUUGAGUGGGAACGGAAUCGAAGGCAAGAACUACUAAAUCAAAGAAACAAAGAACAAGAGGACAUAGUUGUACUGAAAGCAAAGAAAAAGACAUUGGAAUUUGAAUUAGAAGCUCUAAAUGAUAAAAAGCAUCAACUAGAAGGGAAACUUCAAGAUAUCAGAUGUCGAUUGACCACCCAAAGGCAAGAAAUUGAGAGCACAAACAAAUCUAGAGAGUUGAGAAUUGCCGAAAUCACCCAUCUACAGCAACAAUUACAGGAAUCUCAGCAAAUGCUUGGAAGACUUAUUCCAGAAAAACAGAUACUCAAUGACCAAUUAAAACAAGUUCAGCAGAACAGUUUGCACAGAGAUUCACUUAUUACACUUAAAAGAGCCUUAGAAGCAAAAGAACUAGCUCGGCAGCAGCUACGAGACCAACUGGAUGAAGUGGAGAAAGAAACUAGAUCAAAACUACAGGAGAUUGAUAUUUUCAAUAAUCAGCUGAAGGAACUAAGAGAAAUACAUAAUAAGCAGCAACUCCAGAAGCAAAAGUCGAUGGAGGCUGAACGACUGAAACAGAAAGAACAAGAGCGAAAGAUCAUAGAAUUAGAAAAACAAAAAGAAGAAGCCCAAAGACGAGCUCAGGAAAGGGACAAGCAGUGGCUGGAGCAUGUGCAGCAGGAGGACGAGCAUCAGCGACCAAGAAAACUCCACGAGGAGGAAAAACUGAAAAGGGAGGAGAGUAUCAAAAAGAAGGAUGGUGAGGAGAAAGGCAAACAGGAAGCACAAGACAAGCUGGGUCGGCUUUUCCAUCAGCACCAAGAACCAGCUAAGCCAGCUGUCCAGGCACCCUGGUCCACUUCAGAAAAAGGUCCACUUACCAUUUCUGCACAGGAAAACGUAAAAGUGGUAUAUUACCGGGCACUGUACCCCUUUGAAUCCAGAAGCCAUGAUGAAAUCACUAUCCAGCCAGGAGACAUAGUCAUGGUUAAAGGGGAAUGGGUGGAUGAAAGCCAAACUGGAGAACCCGGCUGGCUUGGAGGAGAAUUAAAAGGAAAGACAGGGUGGUUCCCUGCAAACUAUGCAGAGAAAAUCCCAGAAAAUGAGGUUCCCGCUCCAGUGAAAACAGUGACUGAUUCGACAUCUGCCCCUGCCCCCAAACUGGCCUUGCGUGAGACCCCUGCCCCUUUGGCAGUAACCUCUUCAGAGCCCUCCACGACCCCCAAUAACUGGGCCGACUUCAGCUCCACGUGGCCCACCAGCACGAAUGAGAAACCAGAAACGGAUAACUGGGAUGCAUGGGCAGCCCAGCCCUCUCUCACCGUUCCAAGUGCCGGCCAGUUAAGGCAGAGAUCCGCCUUUACUCCAGCCACAGCCACUGGCUCCUCCCCGUCUCCUGUGCUAGGCCAGGGUGAAAAGGUGGAGGGGCUACAAGCUCAAGCCCUGUAUCCUUGGAGAGCCAAAAAAGACAACCAUUUAAAUUUUAACAAAAAUGAUGUCAUCACCGUCCUGGAACAGCAAGACAUGUGGUGGUUUGGAGAAGUUCAAGGUCAGAAGGGUUGGUUCCCCAAGUCUUACGUCAAACUCAUUUCAGGGCCCAUAAGGAAAUCUACCAGCAUGGAGUCUGGUUCUUCAGAGAGUCCUGCUAGUCUAAAGCGAGUAGCCUCUCCAGCAGCCAAGCCGGUCGUUUCUGGAGAAGAAUUUAUUGCCAUGUACACUUACGAGAGUUCUGAGCAAGGAGAUUUAACCUUUCAGCAAGGGGAUGUGAUUUUGGUUACCAAGAAAGAUGGUGACUGGUGGACAGGAACAGUGGGCGACAAGUCCGGAGUCUUCCCUUCUAACUAUGUGAGGCUUAAAGAUUCAGAGGGCUCUGGAACUGCUGGGAAAACAGGGAGUUUAGGAAAAAAACCUGAAAUUGCCCAGGUUAUUGCCUCAUACACCGCCACCGGCCCCGAGCAGCUCACUCUCGCCCCUGGUCAGCUGAUUUUGAUCCGAAAAAAGAACCCAGGUGGAUGGUGGGAAGGAGAGCUGCAAGCACGUGGGAAAAAGCGCCAGAUAGGCUGGUUCCCAGCUAAUUAUGUAAAACUUCUAAGCCCUGGGACGAGCAAAAUCACUCCAACAGAGCCACCUAAGUCAACAGCGUUAGCGGCAGUGUGCCAGGUGAUUGGGAUGUACGACUACACUGCGCAGAACGACGACGAGCUGGCCUUCAACAAGGGCCAGAUCAUCAACGUCCUCAACAAGGAGGACCCCGACUGGUGGAAGGGGGAAGUCAAUGGACAAGUGGGGCUCUUCCCAUCCAAUUAUGUGAAGCUGACCACAGACAUGGACCCAAGCCAGCAAUGGUGUUCAGACUUACAUCUCUUGGAUAUGUUGACCCCAACUGAAAGAAAGCGACAAGGAUACAUCCACGAGCUCAUUGUCACAGAGGAGAACUACGUGAACGACCUGCAGCUGGUCACAGAGAUCUUUCAAAAACCCCUGAUGGAGUCUGAGCUGCUGACAGAGAAAGAGGUUGCUAUGAUUUUUGUGAACUGGAAGGAGCUGAUUAUGUGUAAUAUCAAACUACUGAAAGCGCUGAGAGUCCGUAAGAAGAUGUCCGGGGAGAAGAUGCCCGUGAAGAUGAUUGGUGACAUCUUGAGCGCCCAGCUGCCGCACAUGCAACCCUACAUCCGCUUCUGCAGCCGCCAGCUCAACGGGGCUGCCCUGAUCCAGCAGAAGACAGACGAGGCCCCAGACUUCAAGGAGUUCGUCAAAAGAUUGGCAAUGGAUCCUCGGUGUAAAGGGAUGCCACUCUCUAGUUUUAUACUGAAGCCUAUGCAACGGGUAACAAGAUACCCACUGAUCAUUAAAAAUAUCCUGGAAAACACCCCUGAAAACCACCCGGACCACAGCCACUUGAAGCACGCUCUGGAGAAGGCAGAGGAGCUCUGUUCCCAGGUGAACGAAGGGGUGCGGGAGAAGGAGAACUCCGACCGGCUGGAGUGGAUCCAGGCCCAUGUGCAGUGUGAAGGCCUGUCUGAGCAACUUGUGUUCAAUUCAGUGACCAACUGCUUGGGGCCGCGCAAAUUUCUGCACAGCGGGAAGCUCUACAAGGCCAAGAGCAACAAGGAACUGUAUGGUUUCCUUUUCAACGACUUCCUCCUGCUGACUCAGAUCACGAAGCCCUUGGGAUCUUCUGGCACCGACAAAGUCUUCAGCCCCAAAUCAAACCUGCAGUAUAAAAUGUACAAAACUCCUAUUUUCCUAAAUGAGGUUCUAGUAAAAUUACCCACUGACCCUUCUGGAGACGAGCCCAUCUUCCACAUCUCCCACAUUGACCGCGUCUACACCCUCCGAGCAGAAAGCAUAAAUGAACGGACUGCCUGGGUGCAGAAAAUCAAAGCUGCUUCUGAACUCUACAUAGAGACUGAGAAAAAGAAGCGCGAGAAAGCGUACCUGGUCCGUUCCCAAAGGGCAACAGGCAUUGGAAGGUUGAUGGUGAACGUGGUUGAAGGCAUUGAGUUGAAACCCUGUCGGUCACAUGGAAAGAGCAACCCCUACUGCGAGGUGACCAUGGGUUCCCAGUGCCACAUCACCAAGACGAUCCAGGACACUCUGAACCCCAAGUGGAAUUCCAACUGCCAGUUCUUCAUCCGAGACCUGGAGCAGGAAGUCCUCUGCAUCACUGUGUUCGAGAGGGACCAGUUCUCACCAGAUGAUUUUUUGGGUCGGACGGAGAUCCGUGUGGCGGACAUCAAAAAGGACCAGGGCUCCAAGGGUCCAGUUACGAAGUGUCUUCUGCUGCACGAAGUCCCCACGGGAGAGAUUGUGGUCCGCUUGGACCUGCAGUUGUUUGAUGAGCCGUAGGCAGCGGGCUCAGGGUGUGCUCAGCAGGGUCCCAGCCCACGGCCGCACAUGCUGUCUGGAAAUUGUGUUCCUUUUCUAAGAAACCACCAUUUGGUGGUGUUCAGUCACAGGGAUAUGGGAUGGCAAAGACAGGCCCCUCAGAGCUUCUAGGAAUCAUUCUCGACAAUCCUCCCUGCCCCGAAACAAUUUCCUUUUUCAUGAAACAAAGCUCUGUUUUCCUUUGUCCUCACUACAGGUCUCAUUAUGGCUUCUAGGGUCGCUGAAAUCCCAUAACCCUCAACAGGGUGCAGUUGGGAGUCUAGCGCCUUCCCGGGCUUGAAGAAUGGGUCUGGUUACUAUAAAAUAGAUUUAUAAGUGC